AUGAAUCAGGAGGCCAUAACCAUCUCUGGUGACAUCGGCCCUGCCAUAGCCUCCAUUAGUGACUCUGCCUCAGCCACCUAUCUGGCACAGCAGACGACGACGAUUCCUUUUCUUCGGAAUCGGCUACUAGCGUGGAACCAUCGAAGUUGUAUCGCACCAGGACUACAGAUACUCUGUAAUCGUACCUCUACUGCGCUAUCGAAAACCCUACACUUCGAAGACCUUGACAUAGAGGUUAUUGUCUCUAUAACAGUGAUUGGAAGAUUUUGUUGUUAA